CUAUGCAUAAAUGGGUUAAGAUGAAAUCUUUUCUCCGAUGACAACAUAUACAGGAUGUUAAAAUAUCGUAUUUCCUGAUCACUUCAUGUGUAUAGUAAAAAAAUUAAUUUCCUUCCUUAUUUUUUUGAAUGGCGAUAGUGAACACAUUACAAAUUAAUGUAGGAAUACAUAUCGUGUUUUGUUUAAGGCAAAAGAACCGUUUUCAUUACCGGUAGUCUGUUCUGUGAAAUCUGGAAUAACAUUGACGAAUACAAUUAUCGGUUCCAACUGUCAGUCUGUGUGCUAUAUGUUCUCAGAAAGUGCGUGGAAAUUGAUUUUACCAUUUCAAGACAACGUGUACGUUUACUGUUGUAUUCGUCUCGGUACGGAUAAUAACUCAGAGACCAUAUAGCACAACGUGCAACAGCGCCGCCGAAAAAUUCUUCAAAGGAAAAGGAAGGUUAAAGGACAUUCUUCAAGGAUAUAUUCACGAUCAAGGACAUUGGCACAAUCCGUAUCAGGCCAAACUCACCAUGACGAUGCCGGUUAUCAUGGUCCACGGAGGCGCUUGGACGAUCCCAGAGAAGCUUGUCGAAGCGUCCAGAGCCGGGACACAUGCGGCGGCGCGCGCCGGAUAUGCCGUCCUUAUGCGUGGAGGCAGCGCCAUCGAUUCUGUCCAUGCAGCCAUACUUGUGCUUGAGGACGACCCCAGCUUUGAUGCAGGCACUGGUUCUGUGCUGACGAGAAAUGGCGAGGUUGAGAUGGACUCUGUCAUCAUGGACGGCAAGACGCUCGCUUCCGGUGCCGUCGCCUGCGUCCAGAACAUGAAGAACCCCAUCGAGCUGGCGCGCGCCGUUAUGGAAAAGACUCCGCAUAUUCUGCUGGUGGGCAAAGGGGCGAACCAGUUCGCAGACGAAGUGGGAAUCAAGCGCGUAGCCACGGAGUCGUUGGUGUCCGAGGAGGCCCGUCGGGAGCUCGAGUGUUACCAAGCUAACUACGGAAGUGCCGUACAAGAACUCUUCUGUCAACGAGGCAGCCAUCACGACACGGUGGGGGCGGUGGCACUGGACGCUGACGGCAACCUGGCGUACGCAACCUCCACCGGGGGGAUUUCGUGCAAGAGGCCCGGCAGGGUAGGGGACAGUCCUAUUAUAGGCGCCGGCGGAUACGCCGACAAUGAGGUGGGCGCCGUCUCGUGCACGGGUCAUGGCGAGUCCAUCUCCAAGGUCGUGCUAGCACAUCAGAUCGUCUCCGACAUGCGGAACGGUAAAGCCCCACAAGAAGCCGCAGAUAAGGCCCUUGCAAAAAUGGCCGCCCGCGUCAACGGUUACGGUGGAGUUAUCGUCCUUAGCAACAGCGGAGAACCAGUGACGUCAUUUACAACGGAGCGCAUGUCGUGGGCGUGGAUUAAAGACGGCGUCUUACACAGUGGUAUUAACCCUGACGAGGAAAUAACAGAGGAUGUGAAAUCUUGUAAUUUGAACGGUUGUAAUUGAAACAUUUAAUGGUGUGGCGUUUUUUAUGUUUUGCAAAGAUUGCAACUUUUGAUUCAUUCACAGAGAGUGAAUAGAGCCAAAUACUUAUGAACAAAACCAGUAUUGCAUAUAUACAUAUCAUCGCUCUCACUGCGAUACAUUGUAUGAUAUGAAAUGAUAUUACCAGGUACAUGUAUGUCGUGCUAUUAUUUUUAAGCGUUAUUGGUAAUUGUUAAAGGUACUACACUUCAGUACCAAAUUUGUUUUGCUGUCGGUGUGCGCUAUAUUAUUUUUACUGUGAAUAACAUAUAAUAUGCAGAAUCUAACCAACAUGUAAGUCUCGUAAAUCAAACCUGCAAAGAAUGUAGUGCUUUUAAGUACGGGUUAAAAUUGCUGCAAAACAACUUGCCCGUAAAAAAGAAGUAUUUCAGUUGUAGUCCUAUCCUGUAAGUAAAGCUCACGACCGCGUCUGUUUAUUAUUGAGACGGAUCAGCAUUUACAUAAACCGUGGCAUAGAGGUGACAUUCACUCUUUUUUAAAUAAACUUUCCACGAGUUAGUCAGCCAAUCAAAUUGAUUGAUGUAAACAUUUAACUUUUACACAUGAUCAUCAUGGUCGACAGAAACGAGCAAUCCUACCUAAUCAACUAUUUGACACACGAAAGUUGGGACGAAUUUUAAACUAUAGCCUCGCUUCCAGCAUUUUAAUUUGUUUUACUGAAAGAAUGUUUUUUUUUUUUUAUUUUGUUGUGGUAUUGUGCUAUGGGGGGGGGGCGGAGUGCCCGGAGAAAAACGCCUGUCCGGUAUUGUGACCAUCAACUAAACUCACUUGCAUUCAGUGUCAAAUCAUACCUCGCCGGAUAUAUAUGCGUUCAGAAUAUUUGCUCAUGUUACACAAAAUUUGAUUGGCUGACUAACUCGCUCCCUCGAGAAAGCUAAAAUUCUCCUAUUUUGUUUAAUGCACCCUUCUUUAUCUAAUUCACCGCUCUUUUUUAUUGCGAUCCUCUUUUAUUUAGUUUUACACUCUUCUUUUUUUCUAUUUCGUUUCUUUAACUUAGUAAGUCGUUCCCACGAUAUAGCUAAUUCGUUCCCACGAGUUAUUAAGUUGUUCCCUCGAGUUAGUAUGUCGUUGAAACGAGAUAGAAAAAAGAGGAGUACAUUAAAAACGAGGAGUGUAUGUCAAUUCUAUGUCACCGUAUACAUACCCUGAGUCAGUUAUUAACGAAUGGUAUGUGUUUGUUAUUGAUUUUACAUGGACAUGAACGUUUUCUAUAUGCGACAUUUUAUUAUUGUCAAACCAGUAAUAAUUGGGCGAUCCAAUGGAAAGAGUUGUUUAUUUUGCAUAAGAAAAUAUAAGGUUAUUAUUUUAUUUAUAUAUGUCUACAGGUUUGAUCGAAAUCACGAGUAUUGUGUAAUUUUAGAAAACUAAUACACUUUUUAUUAUAUGUUAAACUAAUACACUAUUUAUUAUGUACA